GGACACAGAAGCGGUGGGGGUAGAUGUUGAUUCACUCCUCCAACGUGUUUUUCCUCUGACUCAAAAGACAGAAAAACAUCCUCAGCCAAGGUAUUAGGUUCGAUCAUGAGGUUGUCAGAAACAUUUACUGAACGAAUAUCUUGUAGAAACGAAAACGUUCAGUUUUUAUAACAGGAGAAAAUUACUUCAGUUGUCAGUUUAAGCUUAUUUUCCAACAAUUCUUGCAUUUCAACUGGUUGGUUUAGUGCACUUUUUUAUGUGUGAACCGAGCACUCAGAUACAAUUCAAAAGAACACAAGCACAGCAACAGAAAUAAUCUGAUUACAUUUUAUCCGUUCCAUAUUAUCAUUUUAAAACAUGGGUUUCAUUUUGGGCUCAUAUCAAUAUGUUUGUUUUACCAUGCAGAACACUUAAUAAACUGCAAUGAAUACAGUGAUGCUCGUUGUUUUGGAUCAAUGCUGCCUUCUCACGAAUUAACAGAUAAUGCAGAUUGUUGGCUAAAUGCAGUAGCUAGGCUACAUUCUACAUGUACAUACGUUUUUUAUGUCUUUAUGUUUGUUCUGUCUAGACGUUUACUGUUGUAAUGUAUCCUCGUGUACAUAUUUAUAAGUGCUCAAAGCUCAUGUAAACCAGAAACAAAUCCCUGUGUGUGUGUGUGUGUGUGAGCACUUGGUCAAUAAAGCUCUUCUUCUUGUGAUUCAGUCUCAUUGACGUUUGUACUGCAGCAAACAACCAAUGCAAACUGCAAUGUGCUUCCACAAACGAUAAUUAGUGAUUAGCGAAAUCUAUUUAUAUAUAUAUAUAUAUAUAUAUAUAUAAUACGGAAUGUUUUGGAAACGUUUAAACAAUUGCAGAAAGACAUCAGCAGCAAAAGAACAAAAAGAGACAAUUUCCUUUUUAACCGAAUUUUAAAGGACACCUAAUUACAUUAGUUAUGAAUUUAAUUACAACAACUUCAUAUAGGCUAAUACGACGAUCAUUAGUAUACUGUUUAAUGUAAUAAUACACCUCUUGUAAAAUCCAUUACACCCUUUAUAAAAAUAUAAAAUCUGGAAAACUGUUUGCAUUUCGCUACACCAAGCGAGAACAUUAAAAAUGAAGUGUUAUACCAGUAUUGACUUUCAUAAGACUAUAGAGUGUAACGACUGUGGUUACCAGCGGUUGGAAUUUGGUUACAUAACGCAUCAUUAAAAUUGUUACAUAUAAAUGAAAAACAAAAUACCAAAAAAUGCUGGAUUUUUUUAUGGCCCCUCCAAUGACUUUCAGAACAUGCAAAAAUAAAAGAUUUUAGGCGUCUUAACAAGCGUUAAAAACUGAACCUGUUCAAACGGAGAUGCGUUUACGUGACGCAGCAGUAGAGCUUAAGUCCAGCCCGGUUCCGAGUCCGCUCCCUCUCCCGGGCUCACGGAGGAGUCACGUGUGCAGCGCUGCGAGCGAGCGAAUGAGAAACGGAGAGCGGGAGAGAGAGAGAGAGAGAGCGAAUGUGCGAGGGAGGGAAAGAGAGAGAGAGGAUAGGAGAUGUUAAAAGAGACAUGACAAAAUAUCCAAAAAGGAGACGCACGCCGUAUCAUGCGCGCUAAAUUUGUACCCGCUGGAAAUCGGGAUGUCGGAUCGACGGUGACGCGCAUCACCCCAUUUCACGGAGGAAACGAUUUCGCUGGAACUUUGGAACGGAGGGUCCGCGGGGAAACAUGGCCGAAGGAGGGCCGCGCAGAGGUGGCGGGUCGGACACCGCCAGGACUCCGCCGCAGAUUCUGGCUGGCUCGGGUUACUGCAAGUGGUUUAAUGUCCGCAUGGGGUUUGGAUUUAUAUCGAUGACCAGCAGCGAGGGGAAGCCAGUGGACCCUCCACUAGACGUGUUCGUUCACCAAAGUAAGCUGGUGAUGGAGGGCUUCAGGAGUCUACGGGAGGGCGAGCAGGUCGAAUUCACCUUCAAGAGGUCGAGUAAAGGUCUGGAGUCGCUCAGGGUCACGGGGCCCGGCGGGGGCCCAUGCUCGGGCAGUGACCGACGCCCCAAAGGGAAGGCCCCGCCCCUCAAACGCAAACCAAAGGGAGACCGGUGUUAUAACUGUGGAGGUCUGGACCACCACGCUAAAGAGUGUGGCCUUCCACCCCAGCCAAAGAAGUGUCACUACUGUCAGAGUGUCACACACAUGGUGGCCCAGUGUCCCCACAAGAGGGCGCUGUCCCCCUCCACGUCUCAGGACCCCCAACGGCCCUCCACCUCAGCUCAGUCCCAGGAAGAGGAGAGCCGGUCGGACUCGUCCCCCCGCGAGGGCCCGUCGUCCUCCCCGGAGGAAGCAUCUCAACGGGGGAGUCACUCCCAGCGCUGGAGGAAAAGCUGGGACUGAAAUCCACCUCCCUCCCAAGACCCGAAAUCAUCUACCUCACAUGGCCGGGUCAGAGAGGAGACCCUCCCUUCCCGUGCAGCUAUGGUAUCAGCCAAUGGGGGUGUGUGUACAUGUGUGGGUUCUCACUGAGCAAUCACAACAAACUCUGCGACUGACGUGUGUUUUGAAGCGAGUGUGUUUGAAGUAAAACUUACAAGGCAAAAUAGAUCAAGAAAAACAGGAACCAUGAAGUCAACAAAAGUUGCAGUUUGGAAGUCAUUUUACCUCCAUAAUGUGAGUGAAACCGGAGCAGAAAUGUAAGGAGGGACUUUUUAUCCAUCAGGAAUUGAUUUACUUUCUUAAUUUAUGUUCCUCAUCUUAAAGUGAACAUUUUAUGUGUGCAUGUAAUCAUAAAGGUAACAUUUCCUCUGAAACUUUUGAAUGAUAGUGUCACAGUUUUCAUACAAAUAUGAAGCAGCACAACUGUUUUCAACACUGAUAAUAAUCAGAAAUAUUUCUUAAGCAGCAAAUCAGCAUAUCAGAAUGAUUUCUGAAGGAUCAUGUGACACUGAAGACUGGAAUAAUGAUGCUGAAAAUUCACAGGAAUAAAUUGCAUUCUAAAAUAGAUUUCAAUAGAAAACAGUUCUUUUAAAUUUUAAUAAUAUUUCACAAUAUUACUGUCUGAAAUAGCUUCAGAGGAAAUGCAAAUCUUAUCAUAUUACCUUUGUAAUAACAUGCACAGAUAAAACAUUCACUUUAAGAUCAAGAACAUGCAUUAAGGAAGUAAAUAUGAUCAAGUUUGAUUUCAUGUUGACUUUAAACCAGAUUCAGACAUAAUGAACAGACAAUUUGAAUUGCUCACAAUCAGGUUCAUGUCACAAUACACAGGAUUUGUAAUGGCUAGGGGUGGAUAUAGUCACACUCACUAUAUCGUAUCAAUAAUAUUAUUAAGAGGGUAUAGAGGAAAGUUUUUUUUUUUUUUUUUUUUUUUUGUGUGUGUGUGUGGGUGAAUGUUUUUUAUAUGCGGCUCCCAGAUCAGGUGCUGUUCGCCAUCUGAUCUUAAAUUUACUAAGAGUUUGUAACAAUUGAAGACUAAGAGCUAAAUUAACUUCAGUCAGAGAGGACUAACUGAUUUAAACGUAUUGGCAUUGUUUAGCUGCAGUGUAAAUCCUGUCUUUUGCUUUAUCACAGGCUGUUCCACAGCUCACGGUGAUAAUUUAAGGCAUUAAUAUAUGUUGAAAUAUUAUAAAUGUUGAAGUGUAAUUUAUAUAGAGCGCGUAGGUAGAUGAAGUUGAUUCUUUAUGAUGGCGUUUUGAUUUGAUCCCUCUCCUCCUUCACGCAUCUCAGCCUCAUUGAAAGUGAUCAUCUUGUGGAGGAUGUGAUGGUACUUUAAAUGCUGUGUCGGAAUUACCGUAAUGAUGAGAUUCUGUCCGGAGAAAAAUUGUUCAAGUGUGUCGUACCCUGAAUUCCAAAUAGGAAAAUCUGAGUUUCGUAAAAGCUUAAUUUACUCUCACUUCCCGUUGUGACGUCAUGUUAAAAGAACCAAAACUGACGGCGGCCUUAAUUUGUUUUUUUUUUUUGUUGACGGUUUGUGGUUUGACAGUCGUUGAAGCAUCAUCAAUAACAGCUGUGCAUAAUCCAUUGUAGGCUACGAGUUUUGACACGAUUGAUCAUCAACGUGGGUGUAUAUUGUUGCAUUAUUUGGUAGUUUGUUCCUUUUUUUUUUCCUGGAACAACUAAUUACUAAACAACUAAUAUAAAAAUGUGUGAGCUGAGUGUAUCGGGCUGCACACUUCAGUACACUGAACAAAAUUUGGUGUAGGAUUUACUUUAAAAGUGCUGUAUGUAAUUUUUUGGACUGUACUAAAGCAUAAAAAUACCAUAUUAUGUUUGCAGAUAUUUAGGAAACAUGCCAAGUUCUCAUAGGCCUACUUGUUUCUCUGGAAAACAAUCGUACAGCCAGUUGUUUUACUUUGAAAUGUGCGUUCCAUGUCGGAAUAUCUGUUUUUGUUUUGGUCUGUGUGACCCCGCCCACUGCCAGUUUACCCAAUAGUAUUUCGACAGUAUUGGCGGAAAACACAGUGUACUACAGCCAUGGAAGCCAGCAAACGAACUGGGUCAGGGAUCGCAGAUUCUACCCGACCUAAAAAGCCUUGGCAUCCAUUUAAAAAUUUCUAUAAACGGGAGCAUAUUAAAACGCAGAUAAAUCAAUUCAACUUACUUAUCAUACACCCAGCACGACUCAAGUGAUUUUUGCUAGUUUCAGCCUGAUGCAGUUAUCAUUUUCACGUCCUGCGCCACGUUGUUUAAAUAGCAAAUGUAUUUGCACCCAUUUAUGCCCUCGUGGCCGUACUCGUCUGAAAACGAGGUGUGUUCAGGCACAUUGUUGGCGUGUUGCUAUUUUGAGGCAAGUGAAAUAGACUGAACUGAAACCUGGUCUAAAGUCAAUGGCGCAAUAUUUUUUUUGUUAUUUAAAGAGCGUGUUAGUAAUAUGCUCCUAUAUGCGGGUGCACAACAUGCGUACACUCUGCUUAUUACACACACAGGGACGCGCAGCAGCACACAAACAUGCAUAAUAUUAAAAAUAAAAGGGUUACAAUUUAAAAGAUUAUUAUUGUGUGCAUAAAGAUAAAAAUGCUUUGGAAUCCGGUUUGUCCUGUAGAUGGUCUUUAACCUCACUCAUGAGCAGAUCCGUUUCCUCGCUAGAGAAGCGUUCAGUUUUUCCGCUUGUAAAUUCCGCCAUGUAAAUAGUGCAUCGCGAGCACAACUGGCUUUUAAAGGGAAUGGGAGAUGAGACUCUGAUUGGUUUAUUGCAUGGUACACCCAAAACACACCCAUUACUCAUUAAGAGAAUAGGGACAACCCUUUUAGACCAUGCGCUGACCAUUUUUCCCGUCGAUAAACUAGCAAAAGUGGAUUCGGACACGCCCUAAGUGCACUUACGCUGUGCGCUUUAGACCAUGCACUUAGAUCGUUAAAAUGGAGCCCACAGUGUGUAAGUCUCUUCACCUUAGCUCCUGUCCUCAAUCUGGCAAGCCUGCAUGAGCGUCGAGUCUGAGGAGGAGGGGGCGGGAAAAACAGCCGUAUCCAAUAUAUUUUGAAUUUGAACUGCAGUACCCAUUUUAACCGCUAGUGGUCAAUGUUAUAUACUGCACCCUUAAAACAAUUUUCAAUCCAAAAUUGCUAGUAAAUUUCACAAAUAAUUACAAAGAAAUGGCAAGUAACAACCAGAUGAUUUGAGGGACAAGUUUAUGUUUAUGUUAAGUUUAGGCUUACAACCAGGGUUAGGUGCUACAUCUGUAUUAUUUCUCUCUGAAUUCAGGGAGAAGUUAUGGGUAGGGUUAAGUUUAGGUUUAGGACUAAAUUUUCAGACAGGAAUGUUGUUCCAGGAUCAACAAAAUACCCUGACGUACACGUAUAAAACGAAGUAUGCCUACUUUAGAAAACUAAUAAAAUCCAUAAGUAUACUUCAUUUUUAUCCAUACAGUUUCCCCCCCAUUUAGCUAAUGAAUGUAGAUGAACUGAAGCCUUAGAGAGAGACUGAUCUCAUCAUUUAAAGCUGCUGGCGGAGAUAUGAAUGAUCUGAAAGUUAAGAGCAAAUCUGCUACAAUCAUCCAUUGAACAAUGAAAAACAAAAGUGCACUUGAACAAAGUAAGCAUUGUUUACCCAGAAUGUCAUGCUGUGGAAGUUUGCUGUUUAAUGUCUUAACGUCAAUGAACGAUCCAGUGACUGUCAGCAAUAAUUUCAGACCCUUUUCAUUUGUGGACCUUAAAUUCUGAUGAGCUUUAGAAAUCCAACAAAAGAUUUCCAGCGACACAAAAGGGUUCAUAGAGCGUCACGGCAGCGUUUGGCAUCUGAUAAUGAGGAAAAGUUUUGCCUUGACGUUUCUCAUUUUGUCCUGAUCUGGAGGGAAUGGCAGGUUGAAUCUCAUGAAACUGUUUAAGAACAUGUCAAAGCCAUAUUUUACCUCGAAAUCAAAAGAAAUGAAUGAUUAAUUGAUAUGUUUUCACUUUCUAAACAUAUUAAUUUAAUAAAAUUCUUAAAGAAAAUUAAAACUUAUUUUAGAAUUGAGACAUUUUUUCUUUUUUAAUAGAGCACUUCUCACUGUAAUGCCAAAAAAAUUUCAUUCUCAUUACUGUAAUGUGAGAAGAAUUAAGAUAUAAUAGUUGAUUUCUAACUUUUUAACGAAUUUUGCAGUAAAAAAAAAAAGACUUUCAAUGAAUUACAGUAUGAAUGCAGUAAGAAUCAUCAUUAAGAAUGUCAAUUAAAAUGAAAAAAGGCAAUUACAGUAGUGACAAUUUAGGGUGAAAAUGUUGUAUAAAACCAUGUAUAAAAUCUUAUUUUUUCUUUUGACUUUAGAUUAAAAUAUGACUUUUACCUGUUUCUGUGAGAUUCAGCAUGAAACAAAUCAAACGUUUUUAAUAGAUUUGAAGCUUUGAACAGUCUUAAGUUUCUUUAUCUUCAUAAUGAGCAGUGUGUGUGUGUGUGUGUGUGUGUGUGUGCUCAGAUUUCUGAACAGAGACCCGAGUGCUGCCUCACAUUAUGACUUGAACCGUCGCUCAUCCUCCACUUGAGGUCUAUAAAGACAAGACGACACCUCUCUGACGAUACUGAAUGUGUAAAAGAUUCAAAACAAACUUGCAUGACUGUUCCCAGCCGUCGGCUCUGACGAUCGCUCAGUGUGUGUUGACAAAUCAAACGGCGUGUCGUGCACGUGCCCUGCUGUUAUUGGAGGGCCUAAACUAACCGUGCGUGUUUUGGUAUAGAUGUUUAUACCAAAGACCGGCUGUGUUUGAAGGCAUUAGAAGUGUGACGGCGUGAAGUUCGACGCUCAUGCUGUGAAACAGCCCUACGAAUGUGUGUGUGUAUGUGUGUGUGUGCAUCGUACUUAAUCAAGUGCACAGACGAAGGAAAACAAUCUGAGAGAAAGAAACUGACCAAAUGACAGACAUAGCACAGACUCAGCUCCCAAACCUCAUACAGUGACUACAGAUUUAUACAGUGUAUUUUUGUACAUUUCUACCCACAAUUCUUCUCAGGAUGAACUUCUCUCAGGGAACGAACCAAAUAAGUGUAUUUGAUGUUAUUCUGUAGGGAAGCAUUGACCAUUAACUGAAUCUAUUGACUGUUGCUUAUCAAACUCACCGACUCUUGUUCUCGUACGUUAGAACUACCUCCUUCAGUUACACAUAGUCGUACUUUUCCGUUUUUUUUUUUUUUUUUUUUUCCCCCUGUGUUAGGUCCUUGUAGUUUGUUUUAUUAGUCUUCAGUAAUAAUUUGCUUUGUGUUUACACAGAAGUCUACCUCAUUUUCUCUCUUUUCAUCUCCUGUUAAACUCGCUCUGGUCCAGCUGCUGGUCUAGGCUGUUUUUAUCUGAACUUAGGACUCCUCAUAUUGUUUUUGUUGUUGUAUUUCUCUCUGUUUUAGAGUAACUCUAGAGCAAACUAGUUUCUGAAUGUGUAACGGUUCAGCAUGAUCUAACACAGACCCGCCGCUCCUGCUGAAGGACUCCAUAUGUUCUCAUGACAGCUCAGUGCAAAGAUUGUUUAACUUUUUGUGCCUUUAUUUUUAUUUCUUUAUGGCUAGACUUUCGGGAGGCAGACAGUAUCUUAUUUUGGGGCAUUAGUUGCUAUAAAUAUCAUUCCAGUUGUGUUAAUUUGUAACAUCAGAACUAGAGAAGGACUUCAAUACAUCGGCAGCAGUAUUAAAUAUAUAUAAUAUAUAUAUAUAUAUAUAUAUAUAUAUAUAUAUAUACGCAAUGUAAAACGGAAUAUGAUGUUAUAACUACUGAUUUAAUGCUGUUUGCAUCAAGACCGAAUACAUUUCUGCCAGAAUGUUUGACAUCAUCGAAUCGAAGUGAUUUCUGAGCAGAUCUUUUAUUGUUUGUUCUGUUCUCAUUGUGCGGUUUUAUUAUGCCUUACUUUUAGCACUGAAUGUAUGAAACUGACCAAAGCCCAGGACUAAUGAAAAUAACAACUGUUGGAAGGUCUUGAUUGUUAAUGUAAUGCCUAAUUAAUCACUGCAGUCUUAUUAAUCAAUUCAUACGAGUCACACUUCUCAUGAAGACUGUUUUAUUUUGACACAUACCUCUGUUGCCAUACGGCUGCUGAACUUUGUCUCUCAGAGAUUUUAUAUCUGUGGGUUUGUUUUAUGCCCUGUGUAUUUAAACGUUGACGUGCUGUAAAUCAGAGUACGGCUCUUUGGUGUAUUAACCCUCAUUUUUAACAAUGUCAUACUUUAAUUUCCAGUGCAUUUCUCAGUUCUGCUGUCAAAGUGUAUUCAGAGCGGCGGUCAUUUCUGUUUUUAACCUCAUCGAAGCACUGAUUGCCUCUUAUGAUAUUAUUUGAAGAACAUAUCACUCAUUGUAACCACGUUUAUAUGCAUUUUGCCUUCUUGUCUGUGAAUUUAGGACUUUUGAGUAUGUUUAACUGUUCUACUUGAUUGAUAUUAAACCUAUUAUGAAAACAUUAAAUAUGUUGCAUAAAAGUU